AUGUCCGAAACCACCUCCGCCAUAAUUGUCACCACCACCCUCAUCGCCUUCGUCACGGGCUUCGGCCUCGGCGUCUACACCAUCCGCGGCUCGCUGGUCUCGCCCGAGCUGGCCGCCGAGCGCGCCGCCAACCUGCACGACCCCAUCGAGAGCGACGAGUCCGACGUCGACGAGGACGAGUCCCUGCUCGACCACGCCCCCAACUGGGCGAAUGGGGCCGAUGCGGAUCGCAGGCAGGGGUUGAGGGUUCGUGCUGGUGGUGCUGGUGCUGGUGCUGGUGGAUUGGAGGCGGCGGCGGGGGCGGGUGUGCGGUAUGAUGGGCAGGAGGAGUGUAAGAUGGUGUUGGUGGUGAGGACGGAUUUGGGGAUGACCAAGGGCAAAAUCGCCGCGCAAUGUUCACACGCAACCCUCGCCUGCUACAAGGCGCUCACGCGCGCGGCGCAGCAGGCGCCCGGCUCGGCCGAGGGGCGGAUCCUGCGGGCGUGGGAGGGCGCGGGCCAGGCCAAGAUCGCGGUGCAGGUCAAGAGCGAGGACGAUCUGCUGGAGCUGAUGGGCAAGGCGCGCAGCCUUGGCGUGACGGCGCGCGUCAUCGCUGAUCAGGGCCGCACCCAGAUCGCCGCCGGCAGCAGGACCGUGCUGGGCGUCGGGCCCGCGCCUAAGAGCUUGGUGGAUAUGGUUACGGGGCAUUUGAAGCUGCUGUAG